CCGAGACUGGCUGGGAAAUGAUGGCUGAUGAAGACGAGGAAGUCAAGCAGAUCUUGCAGAAAUUGCAGUUUGGGGUCUGAUGCAGAGGGUCCAUACUCCACCCAGUUCACAGUUGACUGCAGUUGUGAGGAGGGCUAGUCUUUUGUACUUGGAACUGGUGGAUCAGCUCUAUUCGUUUAGAGAGUGCUAUUUCGAGACACAUGGUAUGGAGGAUGCUGGAAGGAAGCAACAGGAUGUGCGGGAAGAGAUGGAGAAGACCCUGCAGCAGAUGGAGGAAGUAGUGGGUUCUGCCCAGGGCAAGGCCCAGGUUCUGAUGCUGACUGGGAAGGCACUGAAUGUGACUCCUGACUAUAGCCCUAAGGCUGAGGAACUUCUGUCCAAGGCUGUGAAGCUGGAGCCCAAGCUGGUGGAAGCCUGGAACCAGCUGGGUGAGGUGUACUGGAAAAAAGGGGAUAUUGCAUCUGCCCACACCUGCUUCUCUGGAGCCCUCACCCAUUGCAAGAACAAAGUCUCCCUUCAAAACCUGUCCAUGGUGCUUCGCCAGCUGCGGACUGACACUGGAGAUGAACAUUCUCGUCAUGUAAUGGACAGUGUCCGACAGGCUAAGCUGGCCGUGCAGAUGGAUGUCCAUGAUGGCCGUUCCUGGUAUAUUCUGGGGAAUGCAUAUCUUUCUCUUUACUUCAAUACUGGCCAGAACCCUAAGAUCUCCCAGCAAGCCCUCAGUGCCUAUGCCCAAGCAGAGAAAGUUGACAGGAUGGCUUGCAGCAAUCCUGAUCUUCAUCUGAACAGGGCAACGUUACAUAAAUAUGAAGAGAAUUAUGGGGAAGCCCUGGAGGGCUUCUCUCGGGCUGCAGCACUGGACCCUGCAUGGCCAGAGCCCCGGCAACGAGAGCAACAACUUCUGGAAUUCCUGAAUAGAUUAACCAGUCUCCUUGAGAGCAAGGGAAAGGUGAAGACCAAAAAGUUGCAGAGCAUGCUGGGAAGCUUGCGCCCGGCCCAUCUAGGCCCUUGUGGUGAUGGGCGCUACCAGUCAGCCUCCGGGCAGAAGUUGACCCUGGAGCUCAAGCCCCUGAGUGCACUACAACCCGGUGUGAACAGUGGUGCUGUGGUCCUAGGAAAGGUGGUAUUCAGCCUCACCACAGAGGAGAAAGUCCCCUUUACAUUUGGCCUGGUAGAUUCAGAUGGACCUUGCUGUGCAGUGAUGGUGUAUAAUAUGGUACAGAGUUGGGGAGUGCUCAUUGGGGACUCCGUAGCCAUUCCUGAGCCCAAUCUUCGGCUUCACCGAAUUCAGCACAAAGGAAAAGACUAUUCCUUUUGCAGUAUUCGUGUGGAGACACCCCUCCUGCUGGUGGUGAACGGGAAGCCCCAGGGCUCCAGCAGUCAGGCCGCUGCCACAGUGGCAUCACGGCCACAGUGCGAAUGACCGUCCUUGACUUGCAUGCUGAAGAAGGAGCGGAGGCGAGAGGAUAAGCUCAAGACCGUCAGCAGCUGGGCCAGCUCCACCCAGUGACUCAGCCAGGAAGGGGGGAUGUUGUAGAUGAUGACUUUCCCUUCCCCUGCCCUGUAGGACACUUUGUGUCUCGUCUUUCUCUCCUGUUCACAUGUUCAGGUUCUCUGUGGCCACACACUUCCCUGGUGUAAUCUCUCCUGCCUCUUUCAUCGCUCUUCUGUGUUUUAGGCAAAGAGCAUGGAAUUGGUAGAAGUGUUGGCAUCUUGCCGUGGGACAGAGUCCCCACGGUUUUCGUUCUUGCCUCCUUCCUGAGCCUCAUGUGUAUAUAUCAUUGCAGUAUUUAUUGCUAAGGGAGGGGGCUUGAUUUUUUAAUGGCUUGUUUUUUUUUGCAACUUUUAUUUUAUUUUUAAACAUUAGGUCCUUCCCCUUCUUUGGGGCUGGAACAGAAUUAAAUUUGUUUGGAGAAAAAA